GCGUAUCUUUUCUUUCCUUCUAAAUGUCGCGUGGAAAUCAAAGGGUCGAAGAAACGACAAUGUCGAGUCGAAAGACAUCCUCUUUGUAUAAAGACCUAGUUGAAAUUCAUUAACCAACAAAGCCCUACUUCUUACAACAGUGGAAGCUACAACUCAUCAAUAAGACGUCACUGCUCAUAAUACACUUUCGUUUGUCUUUGCUUUCACACCACUUCUUUUGGGAAAUUUUUUUAUUUUUUAAUUUUUUUUUUUUCAACUUUUCAUAUUCAUCUCUGCUUCCAUCUAUUGAUAAGAUACUCGGUAAGGUGCUUGGAGAGAAAGCCACUCGUUAAUCAUCGCCUGUAUCGUAUUGGACUAAAGCUCAAAUUUUCUCAUGGGCAACAGUCAGAAUCAGAAUGGUACCAAAAAGCUGAAAAAAGAAGAGGAAGGGACUUAUGGGAUUCUCGAUAGCAGAAAUAUCGAUCGUGUUCAGCUAGGUGAUUACGAGUUCGACACUUGGUAUGGAAAUGCUGCCUAUUUCAGCACUCAAGAUCACGAGCAUGAUCAAUUGGGUAUUGAUUUUAUGAAGAAUCCCACCAUCCCGAAUGGAAAAACAAAGGGACGAAAGAAAAGUACCGACCUCAACAAGUCAUACUGGAUUGAUCGACUUUACGUCUGUGAAUACUGUUUCAAAUAUACUUCUGAUGAGUCGAAGAUACUGCAACAUAGACAAGCGUGUGAUAUGAAAAAAUCAUUUCCCCCCAUAGGCACUUUGGUUUAUCGAGAUUUGGUUACUCCUUAUAUAAUCAAACGGGUUAGGGGAUUCAAACAUCCUCUUUUCCUUCAGAAUUUAUCUUUGUUUGGUAAGCUUUUCCUAGAUGAUAAAUCGGUAUACUAUCAUCUUGAUUAUUUCGAUUUCUACAUCGUUUACGGAUACGAUCCCAUUGAUAGGAAAAGUCCGUCUGAUCCUAAACCGAAUUUCAAACCAAUGGGAUUUUUCUCCAAAGAAGUCAUCACUUUGGAUAACGAUAAUAAUCUAAACUGCAUCUGUGUGUUUCCUCCUUACCAACGACUUCAUCUCGGGUCGUUGUUGAUUGAAUUUCUGUACUCCUUGGCUGGCCUAACCAGGGGCCAGUUUAGAAGUGGCCCGGAAUUUCCUUUAUCCCCAUAUGGUAAGUUAACCUACUUGAAGUUUUGGUCCAGAAAAUUGUCUUAUGUAUUAGCUUCUUCAAAUUUCAAAAACUCAGAUAAAAUCACAUUGAAACACCUAGCAGAUAUAACCGGCUUUCGCUGUGAAGAUAUUUUAAUGACUUUAGAGCAUAUGAAACUUCUUGUAAAACACCCAGAGUCUGAGAACGUUGAAUUGAUGUUGGGUAAUUUGGAAAACUUGAUCAACGGGAACCCCCUUGAGGAAAGGUGUCUGUUGAACAAAGAUUGUUUAUUGAUAUGAGUUAUGUUCUCUUACCUAUUGUAUACUAGCUGUAAUAUUCAUUAAUAAGUUUAAUAAAAUUUAAUAACUGC